AUGGUUUACACAUCGCAAAAAAGCCCAUGUACAGUUGACCUUGUCAUAAAGGUCUCCAAGGGUUUGGCGGCUGGGGCUUCGGAGGCUCUGGCUUUGGUGGCUGCGGCUUCGGAGGCUUUGGCUUGGAGGUUGGGGCUUUGGAGGCUUCGGUUUUGGCGGCUGUGGUCUAUUACCUCCGCCUCCUCCACCUCCACCACCACCUCCUCCUCCACCACCUCCACCUCCUCCUCCACCACCUCCUCCUCCACCGCCUCCACCUCCACCACCACCUCCACCACCGCCUCCUCCACCAGGUCUAUUACCUCCACCACCUCCACCUCCUCCUCCACCACCUCCUCCUCCACCGCCUCCACCUCCACCACCGCCUCCUCCACCUCCUCCACCAGGUCUAUUACCUCCACCACCUCCUCCUCCACCUCCACCACCUCCACCCCCCUCCUCCACCAGGUUUGUUACCUCCACCUCCACCACCGCCUCCUCCUCCUCCACCACCGCCACCACCUCCACCUCCUCCCCUCCUCCACCAGGUCUGUUACAACCUCCACCAGGUCUAUUUCCUCCACCUCCACCGCCACCACCUCCACCUCCUCCACCACCACCUCCACCACCACCUCCUCCACCAGGUCUAUUUCCUCCACCAGGUCUAUUUCCUCCACCUCCUCCUCCACCGCCACCACCUCCACCUCCUCCACCACCACCUCCACCACCACCUCCUCCACCAGGUCUAUUUCCUCCACCAGGUCUAUUUCCUCCACCGCCUCCACCUCCUCCACCACCACCUCCACCACCACCUCCUCCACCAGGUCUAUUUCCUCCACCAGGUCUAUUUCCUCCACCUCCUCCUCCACCGCCACCACCUCCACCUCCCCCGCCUCCUCCUCCUCCUCCUCCACCUCCACCACCACCUCCUCCACCAGGUCUAUUUCCUCCACCAGGUCUAUUUCCUCCACCUCCUCCUCCACCGCCACCACCUCCACCUCCCCCACCUCCACCACCACCUCCUCCACCAGGUCUAUUUCCUCCACCAGGUCUAUUUCCUCCACCAGGUCUAUUUCCUCCACCUCCUCCUCCACCGCCACCACCUCCACCUCCCCCACCUCCACCUCCUCCUCCUCCACCUCCACCACCACCUCCUCCACCAGGUCUAUUUCCUCCACCAGGUCUAUUUCCUCCACCUCCUCCUCCACCGCCACCACCUCCACCUCCCCCACCUCCACCACCACCUCCUCCACCAGGUCUAUUUCCUCCACCAGGUCUAUUUCCUCCACCUCCUCCUCCACCGCCACCACCUCCACCUCCCCCACCUCCACCACCACCUCCUCCACCAGGUCUAUUUCCUCCACCAGGUCUAUUUCCUCCACCUCCUCCUCCACCGCCACCACCUCCACCUCCUCCACCACCACC